UAUGAGACGGAUUCUGAGUCCUAUGUUUCUGAAUGUUACGCGUUGCCACAUUCUGGAGCUGAGGGUUGUCUCGAACUAUCGGGUCAGUAUGGAUAUGUCUUCGGAGUACUAUGGACCGCAUACUCCGUGCGCUGAAUCAAGUAGAAGCUCCAACUAUCUAAGCCAUCAAAGUCCCCAAAGAUUUGCAUUGUGCUUAGAGCGCUAUAUUUCACUGAGGGGCUACCCCAUAGGGAUAGAGGGCGAUGCUGCUCUCAGCGGUACUUCCUUACGAACUGAUGCAUACAUUAUGCACAUGUAUGGCUGAUGCUGAAUCCUUCUGGAUGUAUAGACUUCAUACAUCAAGCGAAGUUGAUCAGCUGUAGCUAAGCCUGUGCAUCUGCGAGAUCAGAUCCAGGACACAGACUGGCGCACUGUCGAAAGUACGGGGCACAUUAAGUACGCAACACGGCC